GCCCAGCGGCCGCCUCUCCUCCCGAUCGUUCUCUUCUUCAGGCUCUCGCGUGCCGGACCAGGGAUCGUGCAAGCAAGGAAGCAGCCCUGGGGUGACACCCUGCACCUAAGCCUGUGGCAGUGCCGAGACGAGCGGAGGACGCUUCGCGGAGGAGUCGCGGGAGGGUCCAGCUCGCUGUCGCUGAACCGAGCCUGUUUCUGCGCCCAGUCCGCGGGGGACCCUUGAACAGUAGAGACCCCAAGACCACCGAGCUGAUGGCAUCUUCCACUCCUUCGCCUGCAACCUCCUCGAACGCGGGAGCGGAUCCUAAUACUACCAACCUGCGCCCUACAACAUAUGAUACUUGGUGUGGCGUAGCCCAUGGAUGCACCAGAAAACUGGGCCUGAAGAUCUGUGGCUUCUUGCAAAGGACCAAUAGCUUGGAAGAGAAGAGUCGUCUCGUGAGUGCCUUCAGGGAGAGGCAGUCCUCCAAGAACUUGCUUUCCUGUGAAAACAGUGACCCGGGUGCCCGCUUCCGGCGCACAGAGACCGACUUCUCCAACCUGUUUGCUCAAGAUCUGCUUCCGGCUAAGAACGGGGAGGAGCAAACCGUGCAGUUCUUGCUGGAAGUGGUGGACAUACUCCUCAACUAUGUCCGCAAGACGUUUGAUCGCUCCACCAAGGUUUUGGACUUCCACCACCCACACCAGUUGCUGGAAGGCAUGGAAGGCUUUAAUUUGGAGCUGUCUGACCACCCCGAGUCUCUGGAGCAGAUCCUGGUUGACUGUAGAGACACUCUGAAGUACGGGGUUCGUACAGGUCACCCUCGAUUUUUCAACCAGCUCUCUACUGGUUUGGAUAUCAUCGGUUUAGCUGGUGAAUGGCUGACAUCAACUGCCAAUACCAACAUGUUCACAUAUGAAAUUGCACCCGUGUUUGUUCUUAUGGAACAGAUUACACUUAAGAAGAUGAGAGAGAUCAUUGGAUGGUCAAAUAAAGACGGUGAUGGAAUAUUUUCUCCUGGGGGAGCCAUAUCCAACAUGUACAGCAUCAUGGCGGCUCGGUACAAGUACUUUCCAGAAGUGAAGACAAAAGGCAUGGCGGCUGUGCCCAAACUGGUCCUCUUUACCUCCGAACACAGUCACUAUUCCAUAAAGAAAGCCGGGGCCGCGCUUGGCUUUGGAACUGACAAUGUGAUUUUGAUAAAGUGCAAUGAAAGGGGGAAGAUAAUUCCAGCUGAUUUAGAGGCAAAAAUUCUUGAUGCCAAACAAAAGGGAUUUGUACCCCUUUAUGUCAAUGCGACCGCAGGCACAACUGUUUACGGAGCGUUUGAUCCAAUACAGGAGAUUGCGGACAUAUGUGAGAAAUACAACCUUUGGCUGCACGUGGAUGCUGCCUGGGGCGGUGGGCUGCUCAUGUCCCGGAAGCACCGCCACAAACUCAGCGGCAUAGAAAGGGCCAAUUCCGUCACCUGGAACCCUCACAAGAUGAUGGGUGUGCUGCUCCAGUGCUCUGCCAUUCUGGUCAGGGAGAAGGGUAUACUCCAAGGAUGCAACCAGAUGUGCGCAGGCUACCUUUUCCAGCCAGACAAGCAGUAUGAUGUCUCCUACGAUACGGGGGACAAGGCAAUUCAGUGUGGCCGCCAUGUGGACAUCUUCAAGUUCUGGCUGAUGUGGAAAGCAAAGGGCACUGUGGGAUUUGAAAAUCAGAUCAACAAAUGCCUGGAGUUGGCUGAAUACCUCUAUGCCAAGAUCAAAAACAGAGAAGAGUUUGAGAUGGUUUUCGAUGGUGAGCCUGAGCACACAAAUGUCUGUUUCUGGUACAUUCCACAAAGCCUCCGAGGGGUUCCAGAUAGCCCUGAACGGCGAGAAAAACUACACAGGGUGGCUCCCAGGAUCAAAGCCCUGAUGAUGGAGUCAGGAACAACCAUGGUGGGCUACCAGCCUCAAGGGGACAAGGCCAACUUCUUCCGGAUGGUCAUCUCCAACCCAGCCGCCACCCAGUCUGACAUCGAUUUCCUCAUUGAGGAAAUAGAGAGGUUGGGUCAGGAUCUGUGAUGCCCCUUUGCAGAACCAGAAUCACCGGCCAUGCUCUUGCCCCUCCGGCGCCCUAGAACACAGCUCUGUCAGUAGCUGACACACCUAGGCCAUUUCAUUGAAGGAAAUUAUAAUCUCUUAAAGAAUAUUUGUCACAUCUCACGUAAGCUUGUUUGUUAGAGUUAGCGGGAAAUAAUGUCCUUUUAAAAAAUUGCACAUUAGAAACACAGUAUAUAUGUACAGUUAUAUAUACCUCUCUCUAUGUACAUGUAUGUAUAGUGAAUGUGGCUUAGUCCUAAACCACAGCAUGUUGCUUGUCCCCAGGGAAUUAGCCUCACCCCCAGCAAUUGCUAGGAGGCUGACCAUCUCGCAAGCAACUGCAGGGCAGAUGGUAGCCUCACUGCAGCGUCCUAAGGACCCAGGGAAAGGCUGCUGGUGGAGCCUACCUCCCUGCUAGAGCUGUUCCCACGUGAAGGGAUGAUGGAUGGCAGAAAGUACCAGUAGAUGACAAAUGUCACACCCUCCCUGUUAGUACCUUGCUAGGGGGAACAGUAGCAGAGCCUUUGUCAUGAUUGUGCUAUUGCUGUGCUUUGGAGAUUAAUCUGUGUAAACUGUGAAUAUUACCAUUGUCUAUCUUUGGGCAGGGGGAAGUGCAUAUGAUGAUUUAAUUGUACGUCACUGAGAUAUUUGCUUAUUUAUAUUCAAAUAUAUACCAUGUUAAAGAGACAUCUUGUAUUUUCUUCCCAUUUGUAAUGUAUCUUAUUUAUAUAUUAAUGGAGUAAGUUCUGGAUACUGUUUAUGGUAUUUUCGUGCAUUUGUGAGCCAAAGAGAAAAGAUGAAAAUUAGUGAGACUUGCAUUUAUAUUAGAGUGCCCUUAACAUAACGAUUUGAACAUAUGUGUACUGUCUGGAAAGGAAUUCUGAUACUGUACAUAGAGUCAUGUUAUGGAAAUCUUGCUUCAGUAGCCUUCACUCUUCUCUUUCCCGCCUCAGGCUGUAUGUCAGGUGUUCUCAAAGCUUUUGUAGUAACUGUUGAAUAAUAAUAACUAGAUCUCCUGUAAUUUUGUAGUAGUACAUGACCAAUCUCUGUGACUCGCUUAGCUGAAACCUAAGGCAACGUUUCCGAAGAUCUCCGAUAUACUAACCAGUCCCACAAGUGUUUUUGAAGACAUGAAACCCACACUGUGCAUUU